GUCCCCCCGGCUUGUAUAUCACGGCGCCCGCGGGGUCGCGGCCUGAGCAGGCUCCUCGAGGACAAGGACAACGGUUUGCCGCCGCAGUGCCGGUCGUGACCGUCGCCUCCGCUCCCCGAGCAGGAACGCACACACUUUCUGAAAAUGGAGACUGUGGUUCGCCGCUGCCCAUUCUUGUCUCGAGUCCCUCAGGCCUUUCUGCAGAAGGCUGGCAAAUCGUUGCUGUUCUAUGCCCAAAACUGCCCCAAGAUGAUGGAAGGGGCCACCAAGCCAGCCCAGAGGGCCCUGUCCAGCUCAGCAGUGCACAGCCAGCAGAUCAGAGAGACCCCUCCGGCCAAUGAGACCGACAAAGCCAGCAAAGCCCCGGACCGGCAGGCUCCAGAGAGAGGCCAGCGGCUUCCAGACGGCCCCCAGCUGCCCUCGGGGCACCCCUCGCCCGCCCCACCCCAGGGCUCCACGAGCCGCUGCCCGUUCCUGGCAGCGCAGAUGACGCAGCAGGGCGGCAGCGGCGUGUUCCGCAGAGCCAGCCUGGAGCUCCAGGAGGAUGUGCAGGAAAUGCACGCGGUGAGGAAAGAGGCUGAGCAAGCCUCAGCGCACGCCAGUGUGGUCUCAGGCAAGAGCGAGGGGGAAGAUCCGAGAGGGCUGCUGAAGAACUUUCAGGAUCUCAUGCGAAAGCAGAGGCCAGAAAGAGUGUCUCACCUCCUCCAGGACAACCUGCCCAAGUCCGUUUCCACUUUCCAGUAUGAUCGCUUCUUCGAGAAGAAGAUCGAUGAGAAGAAAAACGACCACACCUACCGCGUUUUUAAGACCGUGAACCGGAAGGCGCAUGUCUUCCCCAUGGCAGACGACUACUCGGAUUCCCUGAUCACCAAGAAGCAGGUGUCGGUGUGGUGCAGCAAUGACUACCUAGGCAUGAGCCGCCACCCGCGGGUGUGUGGGGCAGUUGUGGAAACUUUGAAACAACAUGGUGCUGGAGCAGGUGGCACUCGGAAUAUUUCUGGGACGAGUAAAUUCCACGUGGACCUGGAGCAGGAGCUGGCAGACCUCCACGGCAAGGACUCGGCCCUCCUGUUCUCCUCGUGCUUUGUGGCCAACGAUUCCACCCUCUUCACCCUAGCCAAGAUGAUGCCCGGCUGUGAGAUUUACUCCGAUUCUGGGAACCAUGCCUCUAUGAUCCAAGGAAUCCGGAACAGCCGCGUGCCAAAGUACAUCUUCCGGCACAAUGACGUCAGCCACCUCCGAGAACUGCUGCAGAGGUCCGACCCCUCCGUCCCCAAGAUCGUCGCCUUCGAAACCGUCCACUCAAUGGAUGGGGCCGUGUGCCCGCUGGAGGAGCUCUGCGACGUGGCGCACGCGUUCGGGGCCAUCACCUUCGUGGACGAGGUCCAUGCGGUGGGGCUGUACGGGGCCCGGGGCGGCGGAAUCGGCGACCGCGACGGAGUCAUGCCGAAGAUGGACAUCAUUUCCGGAACCCUCGGCAAGGCGUUCGGCUGCGUCGGGGGUUACAUCGCCAGCACCCGCGCGCUGAUCGACACGGUGCGCUCGUACGCGGCCGGCUUCAUCUUCACCACGUCGCUGCCGCCCAUGCUGCUGGCCGGGGCCCUGGAGUCGGUGCGGGUCCUGAAGAGCGCCGAGGGCCGCGUGCUGCGCCGCCAGCACCAGCGCAACGUGAAGCUCCUGCGGCAGAUGCUGAUGGACGCGGGGCUGCCGGUGGUCCACUGCCCCAGCCACAUCAUCCCCGUGCGGGUCGCCGAUGCCGCCAAAAACACCCAAGUCUGCGACGAGCUCAUGAGCAGACACAACAUCUACGUCCAAGCCAUCAAUUACCCGACGGUGCCGCGGGGGGAGGAGCUGCUGCGCAUCGCCCCCACGCCCCACCACACGCCGCAGAUGAUGAGCUACUUCCUGGAGAAGCUGCUGACCACGUGGAAGCAGGUGGGGCUGGAGCUGAGGCCGCACUCCUCCGCCCAGUGCAACUUCUGCCGGAGGCCGCUGCACUUCGAAGUGAUGAGUGAAAGAGAGAAGGCCUACUUCUCAGGCAUGAGCAAGAUGGUGUCUGCCCAGGCCUGACCACGACCCCCCGUCCUCCCCAACCCCCAGGCCAUUAUCAUACCCACAUAGUCUCCACAGUUGUCUUUAUAUGUGAAUUAAGUUAUAUUAAAUUUUAACCUUUAGUUCAAACAUAGUCCCGGAAAUAAAUUCUUGUUCAAGUGA